AUGGAGUACCACAGAGUGGAAAGUGGAGUCAACGUUGAAAGUCCCAACGCGCGGUAUAAGCCGAAAUCCUAUGGAAAAAAGCGGUUCGGGCAUAAAAGCGGCUACGGUUUUGUGGACCGCGCCGCAUCCGUACGGGGCGGCGGGGCGCAAACGAUGGAACAUGGAUCUCAAAUUGGCGCGUCGCGCCCGAUUGCUCCUCCGCGCGCGCUUAAAUUGCUAGUGGCCCGAUCGAUUGGCACGCUCAAUUCGUCGGUGAUGCUAGGCGCGAGCAGCAAGCCUCCCAUGCUUCACGUACGGCUGCUGGUCGGCGCGGGCAGUGGCAACGGCGGGGCGGCAACGUCGCCCGACGGCGGCUCGAGCUCGGCGGCGCCGCUGUCGCCUGGCGGGUCGGGCGUCGCCGGCGGCGCGCUGUCGCCCGGCGCGGGCAGCCACGCCAGCACCCCGGCGGCGCCCUGCUGCGACACGCCGCGCCCCAUCAUCACCGACCCGGUGUCCGGGCAGACGGUCUGCUCGUGCCAGUACGACGCCCGGCUCGCCCUCACCUCCUACCCGCGCCUCUCCAGCGCCGUCGGCGUGUACGGCGCGCCCUACCCGUCCUCCGACCAGAACCCCUACCCGAGCAUCGGCGUCGACAGCUCCGCCUUCUACUCGCCGCUGGUACGUAUUGCAGUACACGCGCCGGUGUACACUCCUCGGUCAGAACGUCCCAGGCCUGAUCCACUGAUGAUUGAUAAAUCCACCGCGAAACCCGCGACU